AUGGGUUUUAACUCAUUAGAAUGUUUUCAAUUGAAAUUGAUUUGUGGAAAUAUUCAUAAAGAAGAGGUGAUUAAAAAGUUGGUCUUUGUCAGUAAGAAAUGUGCAUUGGCUGUUGCCACAUUAAGAUUUAAUCCUAUUCGAAAGACAGAGAUAUUUAACGGACUUCAAGUACAACGGUUGUAUAGUGUUGAAGAUGUUAUUGAUCCACGAGUUAAAGAGAUAGAAGUUUUGUGUGAUGUGUCUUAUGGGGCAAUGGAAUCUGUGAAAGCAAUGGUUAUUAAGAAAUGGGGUGAGGAGAAUAAGAAGAAGGAACAAAUAAAUGUACGUUUCAACCGAAUUGUUUUAACACCUGAAGAUGCUAAGAAGAUUAAUGAAGAUGAGGAAGGGAUCAAAAUACCGAUUGAAGUCAAUACGAUAUCUGAUGGAUGUUUAAGAUUAUUUACUGGAAAAGAAAAGAUGAUAAUAGGAAAUAGUAUGGAGGCAGAAUCUAUUAUGAUGCUUGUAGAUGUUGGAGUUAAGAAAAUUCAUAUUAUAGGAGAAUGGAAAGGGAUUUUAGAUGAACGAGCUAUGGGAAUUGUUAUAGGAAAUAUUAAGAAAUGGAAAUUUAAUUGUAAAGACGCUGAAGAAUGGAAAACUAAAACAAUUAAUGAAGUUGGAAUGACUGGAUUAAAUAAAAUUUAUAUAAAAGAUGGUGUAAAUUAUAUUGAAGAAAAUGCAUUUCAUUUACAAACAAAUUUAAUGGAAAUAGAACUUCCAAAAAGUGUUGUUUUUAUUGGACAAGGUGCACUUCCUGAAAAUCUUAUUUCAUUAGAAUUUAGUCAAAGUUUAGUUGUAGAAAGGGCUGCACUUUGGGUAUCAGAAAAAGUAAACAAGUGUCAUGGAAAGUGUGAAGAAAUAAUUUUUACUAAAGAAGACAAAAGAAGAUGGAUAGAAAUGAAUAAAGGAAAUAAAUGUAUUUCUAUUCCUUCACAAAUUUCAUUUAUUGGAAAAGACUGUUUUAAAGGAAAUAAAGAAUUAACUGAAAUUCAUUUUGAUAAAGAAAUUCAUUGUUUUGAAGAAGGAUGUUUUGAAGGUAAUCAAAUGAGUUUAUGUCUUAAAAACGUUGAAUUUAUUGAUAAAAUAGCAUUUAAAAAUGCCUCAAUUAAAAGUAUUUCAUUAAAUCAAAAAUGUAGUAUUGAAUUAAGUGCAUUUGAAAAUGCUUGUAUUGAUGAAAUUAUAAUGAGUUCAGAUCAAGUGAUGUUAUUAAUUCCAAAGUUAUUAAGAGCUCAAAAGAUAAAUAAAAUAUUGUUUAAUAAUCUAAAUAGUUCAUCUUUAACAAAUAAAGAAUUUAAAGAACAAGUAUGUUAUAGAAUUGGUGAAAUGAUUAGACGAGGUGGAAUUAAAUGUACUAACGUUGUAUUAGAACAAGAUGACCUUAUUGAAUAUGCAGAACAUCAUCCAUUUGAUUGUGAUAUGACUAAAGAAUUAAAUGUAACAUAUAUUGAAUUUAAAAAGGUAACUUUACCUUAUUCAAUUAAUGCUUUAGGAAGAAGAGUUUUCUCUGAUUGUUGUUCAUUAACAUCAAUUGAAUUUCAUUCUAAAAUGGUUUCUAUGGAAAAAAGGUGUUUAGAACAUUGUGUCUCAUUAAAGUCAUUAGUUAUUCCAAGUUCAGUUACAAAUAUUGAGAAUAAGUGUUUUGCUCAAUGUUCACAAUUAUCAAAAAUUGUUCUUCCACCACUAAAAGUAUUACCAAAAGGGUUAUUCUAUAAUUGUGGAUUUAAAGAGUUUGAUGUUCCUAAAGGAGUGUCUGCAAUUGGAAAUGAUUGUUUUGCAGAAUGUUAUUCAUUAACUAAAGUUAAUUUACCAGAUGGUAUUAUUUCAAUUGGAAAACAUGCCUUUGAGAAUUGUAUUAAAUUAAAGAGUGUAAACAUCCCUUCUACAAUAAAAGAAUUUGGAAAAGGAUGUUUUGUUAAUUGUUCGUUAGCGGUAAAUACUUUAUAUGUUCCUGAAGAAGCAUGGACUAAAAAAGAAAAAUUCUAA